CCGGGGGCGCGGGGGCUGCAGUUGCGGACCCCGGCCCGGAGACCGGCGUUGCAGCGGCGGCCACCGCCGCCCUCGUGACCUUGGCCCAGGGUGCGAGGCGCCGCCGCCCCGGGGGUCCCCCGCCCCCCUCUGAGCCCCCUACGCGAUGAGUGCGCUCCGCCCGCCGGUGCCUUGGCCCUGGUUGCGGCGGCGGUUGCUGCCGCCCCUGCUGCUUCUGCUGCUGCUGGCCCCGCGUCCCUGCGUCCGCGGAGACCCCGUGCCACCCGUGCCACCGCCGCCCAGCCCGGAGCCCGAGGCGGAGCCCGGCCCGGACCCCCCGUGGUGCCCCUAUAAGGUGCUGAGCGAGGGCCAGGAGGCCGGCACGGGCCGCCUGUGCUUCCGCAGCCCCGAGCCCGAUUUCCGCUGCCAGCAGCGCCUGUGCAAGGCAUACCGCUCGGCGGGGCGCACGCUGGUGGCCAACGUGCUCCGCAACAGCAGCGUCCUGCUGCAGUGGCGCCCGCCGCCCGCCGCGCCGGCCCGCGAGCUGCGCGGCUUCGCGCUCAACUGCUCCUGGGACGGCAGCUACACCCGCUUCCAGUGCGACCGCGUGCAGCUCGGCGCCUCUUGUCGCGACUACCUGGUCCCCGACGUGCACGACAGUGUGCGCUACCGCCUGUGCCUGCAGCCGCUGCUGCGCCGGCCCCGGCGCGAGCCCUCCCCUCCCGGCGCCCCGCCGGCCCCGACGCCGCCGCCGCCGCCGCCCGCCGAAUGCGUGGAGUUCGCGGCCGAGCCGGCUGGCAUGAGGGAUAUAGUCAUCGCCAUGACUGCCGUCGGGGGCUCCAUCUGCGUCAUGCUAGUGAUCAUAUGCCUUCUGGUGGCCUACAUCACGGAGAACCUCAUGCACCCGGCCUUCGGGCGCCCCAGGGGCCGGAGACAGCCCUGAAGGCCCGGCCCCGGGGAAAGCGAGCCCAGGCCCAGACAGCCAGCUGGGCAGGUGGGCAGAGAGUGUGACUGUACUUGGCUCCUGAAGUGGGGGGGGGGGGGAAGGGGAGGACUCUCCCUUCUGCCCUUCCUCGACUUAGCCCUGAGGGGCUCCCCUCGGGACUGGACUGGACUGGACUGGGUGAUGUGGGAAGGGGAUUAUCAGAGACCUGGGCAGGGAAAGCAUUCUGGUUUCUGGGAGGAGGGGGGAUGCAUUUGUUUGAACCCAAAUCAAGCCCCUCUUCCUUCCCCCAAAUCCCUCUAGUCACCCCUGCCUGUGUCCCCUGCCUCGGGUCUCUGACCCAGCUCCCUCCACUCCAGUUCCCAGAACUGGGGCCAGCGCAUUGGAAGAUGGGAUGUGGAAGGCUAGAUGGGAAAUCUGUGCAGGAGAGACCCCGCCCCUUUCCCCCUAGCCCCAGGUGACACCGGGCCGGGCUGGGGGAACAACUGAGCUGGGGUUCAGGGAACUUUGACAAAACCAACCCGUUCCCCCACUGGCCCUUCCUUUUCCCAUCAGUGUUCAGUGAUUUUUGACUACAUUUCAAGCCUGGACUGCAGCUUUCAGAGCAGUAUUUGGGAUCGAGGGGAACCUGCCCCUCAGAGGGAGGGGGAGGGCCCACAGUAUAUAGUCUCCCUGGUAUGUUGCAAAAUUCGAGGACAAAUAUGGAGACUUAGUUUACCGUUAAAUGUGAGAGUGGAGGCCCCCGGGGUCCUAGGCUAGUCUGCACCAGCACAGCCCUCCAGAUUCAGCUCUAGAGACAAGAAGCGUUUAUUCCCUCUGAGGCCAUCUCCUCCCCUCCCCUGCACCACUCACAGACACAUCAGAAUCCCCCCUCCGAACUGCUGCAAAUCCCUGCCCUUUCCCACCCUUCCCUUCUCCACUGGUCACUUCUCUGAAGUCUCUUUGCAUCACCUAAUCCACAGACUCCCACACACCUGGCUGAGCAAUACCUCAGGAUGCCCCUUGGUUGGCCUUUGAGAAUCAUUAGCAUUUAAAAGUUAAAGUUGUGCCAUCUGCUGAUGGGGGGGGGGAGAGAAAAAAUCCAUCCCCUAAAGGGUGCCCAACUACAUUUUAUAAGGAAAGGAUUCCCCUCCUGCCUUCAGUGCUAAGUCUGUUUCUGGGUCAAUUUUCCCUGGAAGCUUGAAGGCCUUUUGAGAGACCCUCCCCAAAGCUCACAACCAGAACUGGAUCCCUGCACUUAAAAUUGCUCCCCAGGGAUAAUAGGGAGCGGCUGAGAGGUGAGAAGGGCAGAUGCUUCCUCCCCUCUGGUAGACCGUGGGGAAAGGGAUUUUGAGCCCAGGAGCAGAGGCACAGGAAGGAGGGGCUCACACCAAGUGCCUGUGGGGACCAACUUCUUGUUUGCUUGGGGGGAAAGUAGGCCUGAGGAGGGAGAAGAGGAGGAGGGGUUUUCUGUUUCCUCAUCUGAGCCACGAUCCCCACAUCCCCACGGCAGCCUCAUUCAUGAGCCUAGCGACUUGUCCAGAUAACCCCAGCCUUGCCCUCAGGGGGCGCUAUAGGUGAUUCAGCCCCAGCCUUUGCCCCAUCCUCAAUCAUCCGCUGCAUCACUCCAAUACCUACUAUCUUGUGCCUUAGGGUGGAAAGUUUACCCCGUGGAGACCCGCCCAUUCUUCCGUGUUGGGAGCUGUGUUCACUUGUGUUAGGAGCCAGUUAAGCCCGUGGGCCUUUGCUUUUGGCUAGACUAGUGGAAAGAGCAGACAAUUUGGAGCUAUAGAAACUGGGUUCAAAUCCCUUGCCUGCCACUUGCCACGUGACUUUGGACAAGUCACUUCAUGUCUUGGGGGUUCCAUUCUUUAUCUAUACAACUAGAAGCUUUAGGGUAGAUGACCUACUAGGUCCCGCCCAUCUCCGAGUCUGUAGAUCUAUAAUCUACCUGGCUUUGGCUUCUUGGGACUGGCAGGUUAUGCUGUGUGUCUGUCUGUCUGGUUGCUGCAUGUCCGUCCUUCCUCACCUCCUUCCUUUGUCCCAGCCAGAUCUUGCCUGGUGGAAUUGUUAGGACUCCCUGGCUAUCCUGUUUCCCCAAACAACACAUACUAACUACACUGUGGUCAUCUGCCUUCCAUCCCUGUUCCUGCUUCCCCCCUCCCCCACCAGUAAGAAGGGGGAUGAUCCACUGCCUUUGGAGCUAAAGUGGCUUCUGGAUAAAAUUUCCCCAGAGGUUUGAGGGCCUGUUGAGAGAGGCAGAUGGCUGCAUCCUCUGUAGCGUUGUGUUUUCCUCUUGCUGUGAGUAUCUUGUUACUACGAAUUCCCAGCUAGGGAUUGGGGCUGGUUGCUAGGGAGGGAGCCCGAAACUCUCCUGGGGCAAAGCCAACUGAUCAUCUGGACAGUACUGGGGUGGCUUGAGAUUCAGGGAAGAGAAGGAAAAGCAAAGUCUGUGGAUUUAGGGGAAGAGCCAGCUCCCACAUCAUUACAAGUUAGGAGUAACUUUAAAUUAUACAGCUGUGGCCAGUGUCACCACUGGCUGGACUUAAGGGCUCUAUUCUGAGGCUCAGCUAGCAGGCUACAGGGGGAUGUGGAGACCCAAAACAUACUGGCCAUGAUUCAGUAGAGCCUGGACCAUUGGGGUAUGGGAAUUGUCCAAGAAGUCACCUGGGCUCCUGUGUCAGGAAGAGAGGUUAGCUGAGGGCGUGGGGGGGGGGGGGCUUUCCCAACAGUUGCUUCUAGGCCAAAGAGGGAUCCUGGAGGCUGUAGGUAGUAGGGAAGUGAAUGGAAAAUGUCUGAGAAAGUAAUUAUCAUGUCUUUGGAGAGGGGGUAUAUGUGCACAGGGGAGCUGUGGGGGUUUUGGGUUCAUCUCUGCAGAUUCCUCAGCAUCGUAGGUCUUGUCCCUGGACCCAAGCUCUUGGGGGUAGCUUUUCACCUACUCCAUGCUGCCACGUGUCCCAGACAACUGCUUGGUCUAAGGCUCAAGAGGGAUGAGUCACCAGGCCAUAAGUCAUUGCUGAUUGACCUGUCUAGCCCCAAUCCCUCUUUCCUCCACUGAGGGAGAGAGAAGGCAGAAGACUUCAGCCUCCUUCUUACCUAGAGAUUCACUCCCUACCUCUUCCUGACUGCUCUGCCACCUCAAAAGUGGCCACAUCAUAUAUCUGUGUAAUGUUUGUUAUUGGAAAUGAUCUUUGCUUUACUCUCUGGAUAGACUGAAGGAAAUAUUGCUGUGUAAAUAUUGGGGGUGGGGUACUUAUUUAUUAGGGGAUGAUAUAUUUGGGGUGGUUUGGGAGGACAAUUCAGCCCGAGAGGAUUCCCCUUUUUCCCUAGCUCUUUCUUAGAUGUUCUGUGCCUCAGCUUCCCCAUCUGUAAAACGGGACCGUCUGCCCUCCAGGGCUGUUGUUAAGGGGAGUGUGAACAAGGACAGCUCCCUUCCUCCCCAUCCUUGCUCCCUCCCCCAAGGGGCUAUGCUGCCCAUCAGUCACUUUGGUAUUGGGGUUUACCCCCACUCCUGCUUUGCACUGUGCCCAUAUGUCCAACCUGUCUAGUGUCCAUGUGUAACUGCAGCCCUCUGAUAGGGGAGUAGGGGGGAAGAAAAUGUGACUUCCUGGGCGUGGUCUCCCUUCUCUGUGGACAGUGGGGCCUCUCCAGGUUUGCUGGGAGGGAGAGGGGAAGUUAGAGGCCCACUGCUCCUGUCCACAUUGAGCCAGCCUGCAAAUAAAUUCGUGUUCUCA